AUGACCAUCCUAAUCACUGCCGGUCCGUACCAAUUCCUAGCCGAGUUUGAGGCUGCCGCCCCGAAGACAGUGACUGUGUUCUGCAGCCUGCUACCCUAUCGGAAACAGCUCAUCCAUGUCCGCUGGAGCGGCGAAGGCCUCUGGGUCCCUCUAGGAGAGACGGAUUUCGGUCUACCCUGGGAGAAUCACACGGCGCAUCCGGGUGCGGGGCAGAUUUUGUUGUAUCCAGGGGGCAUAUCGGAGACGGAGAUCUUGUUCUGCUACGGGGGUGUUGCGUUCGCCAGUAAAAUGGGGUCGCUGGCAGCGAAUCAUUUCUUGACGAUCACUGAGGGCCAGGAGAAUCUACGAGCGUUGGGUGAAUUGGUAUUGUGGAAGGGUGCACAGGAUGUGCUGUUUGAGGAGGCCACGGAAGACAAGAUCCGCCAAUACCGCAUGACGCGCGCCAAACUCUGAUCAAUUGUGGAAGUUCAUGUCUAUACUCCAAAAGUUGUCCGGAUCCAGAAGGGUACCCGGCCAUUCAAAACCCACUUCGUUCAUCUGGUCCAGUACGGACUGUAGGGCCAGCUCGUCUACGACGGGCCCUUCGUGUCCGGCGGGUGACAACACUAGUGCGGUAGCGUUGUGGACGAUGGUGUGAAAGUCGCGCGCAGGGUGGUAACUAGAUGACGAGCAGACAGCAUCGAAGAGGUCGCGCGCCAGCUGUAGGGGGCGGGCAAUGAUCGAUCCGGG